AUGACCUCGUUGGCUGUUUUGCCCGCUUUGAAGAAGACAAUCACGGACUUGAUGGAUGAGGAUCUUUAUCAGCUCCCUGCCCAGAGCCCAAGCCACACUUCCGUGGAUAUGCGCAUGGAUUCAUCACCUAACAUGAAUGUCAACGCCGCCACCGCCACCCUAUCAAACUUGCUUAACGUUCCUGAAUCGUUUGUGGAGCACUACAGCCGCGUUAAUGGCUCGAAUCCAGCAAUUAACAACAUCCCAAGUCUUUUCUUGGACAACUCCACCGAUUAUACAAGUUAUUCUGUGGACUCCUCCGCUAAUAAGGUGAACCCUUUCAACACAUAUGCCAAUCCAGACUCGCUCAGCGGCGACCAGCACUCGCUGCAGCCUCCUCAGCUGCAGAAUCUUCUGGUACAGAUGCCUCCUGGCUUCGUUCAGCCAGAGCUUGUGCUGAUGCGCCCCCUCCCAGCCUCCACUAGAACAAGACGCAUAACCACGCUCGAUGAGCACGAUGCUGGUGCCAAACAGGUAAAGGACGAAGAUUACUACUUGUUCAACACUGACAUCCAGCCCUCGCAGUUAAUGGCAAACAGAAACUUCUUCAACACAGAGGACUACCUAGAUAGCUCCUUGUUCAUCAUGAAUGGAGAUCUCGAUGCCCCUGAGAAGACUUCCGGCUUUGACAGCAGGCCUGUACCAGGCUUCGAAGGCGAUUAUCUCUCUUUGGGCGAAUUUGCCGAGGACGCAGAAGAAUUUGACGAUCUUUCCGACGACGACAACUACUUCCAAGAUGACAACGAUGAUGACUUUAAUGAUUUCCACAUGACCGACUCUGCAUUUGGCAAUCAAUUGGCCACCUCAGACAGCUUUAUCCCAUUGGGCAAGGUUCCAUCGGAAGGCUUCAUGGAGGUAAUGCCACUGGACAACAGUGCCGAGUCGCUCGACGAAAUGAUGGUUGAAGAUGAACCUGAGCACUUUGAGGCAGUUGCCCCAGCUCAGUCGUUCACGACACCAAUGAUGCAUAUCCCUGAAGAGUACCACCAGACGGCGGCAGAAAUUACCGCCAACAACCCUAAUCACCAGUGUGAGUUGGUCAAUCCAUCGACGGGCCGUCCUUGCAACAAGCAAUUCAGCCGGCCCUACGAUUUAAUUCGUCACCAAGAGACCAUUCAUGCCUCUAAGAAGAAGAUCUUCCGUUGUGUCAUUUGUGAGGGCCGUGUCAAUGGCGGACCUGGAAAUGGCAAGCUGAAGACGUUUUCGCGUGGAGAUGCAUUGUCUAGACACAUUAAAGUGAAGCAUGGACUCGGCGGCCAGGAGGCAGUUGAUUUAAUCAACGAAGCCAAGGAGAAUGUCGAGUUUGUGUUGGUGUAA